CUCAGGCAGAAGUGCAUUGACUCAGAAUGAAACAAUCCUAUCGCAAUUGGUCAACAGAGAGAGAUUACAUAAUCACUGAAGGAGGGGAUAUCGCAUCAUGAAUGGAAGAGCCCUUUGAUACUACAUCCGUAGGUUAAAGAUUAACCAGGCUGAUUGGUCAAGAACUGCUUAAAUAUCUAUCCAGUCACCAAAAUCAGUCAGUUUCUUACAAAGUCACCAAGCGACCAGCAACCUGGAAUAAUUAGCAGACUUGACUCCGAGUGAAAUAGAAUUUUAAGGCUGAAAAUUUGGAAGUGUACUGAAAUCAUAUUUAAAGAUGGCAUCCUAUCUGAAAUCAUCCUCAUCUGGUAUAAUGAGAUGCUGUAUCUUGGUUACCAUGGUGACCUCUGCUCUUGCCUGUAUGUGUCAACCUUCUCAUCCUCAGCAGCAAUACUGCAAGGCAAAUUUUGUGCUAACAGGACACGUCUUGGAAAAGAAUCCAAUAGACGACAUACAACUGAGAGGGCGCUUUGGUCAAUUUGAGUAUGUGAUCAACGUGGACAAGAUCUUCAAGGAGAAUGAGAAUCUGAAGAAGGGUGCGUCAGGGUUCCCACUGUCUAUCUUGACCUCACCAGGGGAUAGUCUCUGUGGACCAAAGUCACUCAAGAUUGGAACAAAGUAUCUCAUAGCAGGUAGCGUUGUUGAUGGUGAGCUUCACAUCAGUGCAUGCGAUUGGAUACAGGAAUGGAGAGAUGUAACACAGCAACAGAAAAAAGGAAUCAAGAACUUCUACAGCGCAUACUGCUCUCAGUGCACGAUCCAGUCUACCAUGGGAGGGUUCAGGCAGACCGGUGGAGGGGCGGCCGGUGGGUGUAUCUAUGACCCCGCCCCUAGCAUGGUGAAUGGUGUGGAGGACUGCCAGGCUCUCUAUGCUACCUGCAUCAUUCAACAGGGACAGGCGUGUCAGUGGUAUCACCGUGGUAACGACUACCAGGACUGCAUCAACAGGAACAAGCCUUACUACCAUGGGGUCGAGACCACGCAGAGUGUCAAUUUUCCAAUCAUGGAUGAUGUUAUGACGUAAUACCAACAUGAUGUAGAGGAUUUCCAAAGACCUCUAUGCUAUCUAUCACCAUGGUAAUGACUACCAGGACUGUAUCCAGAGGAACAGACUCUGUACCAGGGGUUGAAGACAACAUGAAGUGUCAAUUUUCCUGUCAUGGAUGAUAUUAUGAUGUUAUACCCAUAUCAGCAUGAUAAUCUACUUAACUGUUUGAAAUAAGUGCUCACGAUGUUUUAAGAAAAUAAGUGCAUAUAGCACUCUAAAUAUGAACACAGGUUUUCAUAUCUGAUUGGACCAGUCUUGUGUCCGUUCAUGUGUAUAUAAGAGUUGCACAGAGUACUUAUCUGUUCUGAAAAAGAGAUCUUCCUUGAAAUAUGAUCUAAAGUCAGAGUUUGUCAGCUCAGAAAAUUUGACAUAUCUUGCCUAUUAUUUAUUGCAAGUAUAAAAUAUAUUGUAUAUAGUUAAUAUAUUUGUAGAAUAUUGUAAGUUCAAAUAAAUGUGCAAAGCAGACAGGAGGAAUCCCUGUGUCAAAAAAGAAAAUGACAGAAGCCCAGCAAAAAGUAUGAAAUAACAUACAAUAAAAAUGAUGUUCCUGCACUUUGCUACACAAUAUUUAAAUUGAAACUUAGUUUGUUACUAAUGGAUGGUAAAUUAGGGGGAAUUCCAUCUUUUUUAUUACACCAUAUUUCAUAUUACUUCAGACUUAGGUGAAUACAAACUCACUGAAAGACAGACCAAGGAUGUUGAACAAAAUCAUGGUUCAUCUUUCGAGUAAAAGUACCAAAAUGUUAGUAACUCCAAAUUGAGAAAUAUAGAUAGCGCCAUCUACUGUCUACUGUUGUACAGCUGCUUUCUCCUUCAAUCAGUUUAGGAGUAUACUCUACCUGCAAACUGGGAUUGCCAUACGGAUAAAUAAAAAAGAAGAUGAAUAAUCCAAUGUGAUAAUUAAAAAAAAUGAAUAAAAAUUACAAUUUCUAUGAUAAAAAAAGUAACUUCUAUGAUUUCCAUUGCUUUGACAUUUCGCAUUCUGAUAUAACUCUUUUGAAUACCGGUAAGUUUAUUUUAAGCAGUUCUACAAGGGCAAAAUAGGAAAAGAGUGAGAGAGAAAGAUAUUAAGAAGGAAUGAAA